CCACUAAUGAUAUUCUGACAGCAUUCGGUUUCGAUAUCGAGAGAGAAGUGACGCGUGAAGUUCACUAAACUGUGAUGUUUCGUAGUCGUUCCAUCACAAAGGCAUCCUUUAGAGUUGCAAGAGUUUCAAAUGUUCCAAGGACUUCAACUCCUCUACUAAGACAUUGACAAAACAUUUGGGCCUCGUUACUAGUUGGAUCCACUAGACAGCCCAAUAUGAGAUCAGGCCCAAAACUGUAAAACCCUAAACCCCUCUUUUUACUCUUUUAGCUCUCUCUGCUCUCCAAGUUUUUCGAUUUGCUCUAGUUCGUCCUCAGUUCACUUAGCUCUUCAGUUACACUCUUAGCAGAUCAGUGUCGGUGAUAUCUCCCCAGGAGGAGAAAUGUUUGCUCUUUCCAAGGUUGUAAGAAGAAGCCAGAGUCUUCGACUAGGAGCUUGCAAUGCUGUGUACUACUCUAAGCUAGAGAUACCAUUGGGAGAAAGGAACGGUUCUGUUGAAUCAAACGCUUUGAUACAUGAUAAACACGAAGCUUUCUCUAGCUCUUACGAGCUGCCAUGGAACUACUCUACCGGAAGACGCUCGCUUUCCUCUGACGCCGGUGCUAGAAGCUCCGGGGAGGAAGAUGAGAUCGAAAGCCUUGGAACUCCAGACGAUACUAGUGGUGAUAGUGAAGAUGGGCUUCAGUCUGAGGAGGAGCUGUCCUGUGACGAAGCUGAAAUUGAUGGAGCAGAACUGGAACUACUCUCUGAGGCUGGUAAAACACAGGGAAGCAAGAGAUCGUCUGAGCUGUUUAAGGCCAUUGUCUCUGUCUCAGGUCUAUCUGUAGCCUCUGCGCUUGAUAAAUGGGUUGAGGAGGGAAAGGAGAUCAACCGCACAGAGAUUGCAAAUGCCAUGUUACAGCUCCGUAGGCGUCGGAUGUAUGGGAGAGCACUGCAGUUAGCAGAAUGGCUUGAAGAACAUAAGCAAUAUGAAUGGGAAGAGAGAGAUUACGCUUCUCGGCUUGAUCUUAUUGCCAAGGUGCGUGGUCUGUACAAGGGAGAGAUUUACGUCGAAAGAAUCCAUGAAUCUUUCAGAGGGGAACUGGUGUACCGCACCCUCCUGGCGAACUACGCAUCAACAAGCAACGUGAGGAAAGCAGAAGCCGUGUUCAACAAAAUGAAGGACUUGGGGUUCCCUAGGACAUCAUACGCUUGUGACCAGAUGCUCAUGCUCUACAAGAGGGUCGACAAGAAGAAGAUAGCCGAUGUGUUAUCGAUGAUGGAGAAGGAAAACCUGAAGCCGACUCUCUACACGUACAAGAUCCUCAUUGACGCCAAAGGAGCGACGAAUGACAUUAGUGGGAUGGAAGAGAUUUUGGAGACGAUGAAAAGCGAAGGUGUUGAAGUCGACCUUCGUGCGAAGUCUAUAGUUGCAAGACACUAUGCAUCAGCUGGGCUUAAGGAGAAGGCUGAGAAAGUGCUGAAGGAGAUUGAAGGUGAGAGUUUGGUGGCUAAUAGGUACGUGUGCAAGGAUUUGCUUUCCAUCUAUGGCUUUCUCCAGAGGGCGGAUGAGGUGAGCAGAAUCUGGAAGAUCUGCGAAGCAAACAACCCUUUUUAUAAAGAGUCCCUCGCUGCAAUCCUGGCGUUUGGAAAGAUUAAUAAGGUUAAAGAAGCAGAGGCGGUUUUCAAGAAGUCUGUGAAGAUGGGGCACAGAGUUUCGUCAGGGAUGUACUCCGUCCUCUUGAGAGUUUACGUGGAUCACAAGAUGGUCUCAGAAGGUAAGGAUCUUGUCAAGAGGAUGGUGGACAGCGGAUGCAACAUCGGGGCCUUAACAUGGGAUGCACUGAUCAGGCUCUAUGUGGAAGCCGGGGAAGUAGAAAAGGCUGACGCGUCGCUUAGCAAGGCAACGCAGCUGAAACAGAUAAAGCCGUUGAUGAGCUCAUUCAUGUACGUGAUGGACGAGUAUGCGAGAAAAGGUGAUGUUCACAACACUGAGAAGAUCUUCCAGUGGAUGAGGCAAUCUGGCUAUCAUUCUCGCUUCAGGCAGUUCCAGUCCCUUAUCCAGGCUUAUGUCAAUGCCAAAGCUCCAGCUUAUGGGAUGAAGGACAGAAUGAAAGCUGAUAACGUCUUCCCUAACAGGGGCUUGGCUGUUCUGCUCGCUAACGCUGAUCCCUUCAAGAAGACACCUCUCUCUGAUCUCCUGGAUUGAGUUACACUGCUACCUUUGUGAAUCUUUGGUUUGAUUGAUUCGCUUUCUAUCCAUGUUAAGUAGCAUUCUUAGUUUAAAUGAAGCCUCCUAAUAUAUAUAUUAUAAACUCUGUAUGGUUGCUUCUUUGCCCAAUGGUAUGGUUCUUUCUUUCUGUUUGGUUUGAUGAAUGCAAACAAAAGCAUUUUACA